CCUCCACGGAUGCUGCAGUGAAGUUGGCCGCGCGUGCGCACUCUCGGUCCUCUUUUUGCUCGGAAGCGCCUCAGACCCAUCGCACCAUGGCAGAUCCCGAUCUUGACUUCACGACUGGUGAGUCUGGCGCCUCCGCCACGUACCCCAUGCAGUGCUCUGCUCUGCGCAAGAACGGCUACGUGGUGCUGAAGGGACGUCCCUGCAAAAUCGUGGAGAUGUCCACCUCCAAGACCGGCAAGCACGGACAUGCUAAGGUUAACCUGGUUGGUAUCGACAUCUUCAACAACAAGAAGUAUGAAGACAUGUGCCCCUCCACCCACAACAUGGAUGUUCCCUCCAUCAAGAGGACAGACUAUCAGCUGGUUAACAUCAACGAGAACUACAUGGCCUUGAUGAGCGACAACGGAGAAAUCAGAGAGGACCUGCGCGUCCCCGAGAGCGAAGUUGGAAAGGAAAUCGAGGCGAAGUUUGAGGCCAACGAAGAUUUCAUGGUCACCGUGAUUUCUGCCAUGGGGGAGGAAUGUGCCGUCGCCACCAAGGUCUUGGCCAACAAAUGAGGGAGAUGGACUUUGCUGCCCAGGCAACAAGCCCCGCCCACAAACCAGUCUCUUACAUUCUCAUUGGUUCAGUCACCAAAGCGCCGGCCUUCAGACAAACAUGGAGUCAUUCUGUUGUGAUUUCUCGCAUCGAUGUUUUAAUUUCUCCCUCUCCCUCCCCCCUCUCUCUCUCUCUCUCAUCCUCAUUUCUCCUUUCCGUUGCUGUUUGGGAAUGUUCCACCUCUGCCUGAUCAGAGUUUUUGUUUAAAACAAUCGACUUUAUAUAAAAACGACUUCAAAAACACCUGCUCAUUCCUGCUCACUUUGAUUUUGUUUUUGUUUUCCUUCAGUGUUUCGCCGCUCACAUUCCUGAAUGUUUAGAGAAAAAAAACAGAAAACAGUCCGGGGUUCAGCUUUUGUAUGAUUAUUUUUUUAUAUUCUUUAGAUAGCAGCCUUGUAGAGGGAAGGGGUUCGGGGUGGGGGGGCUGUAGAUACUGAUUCUGGUUUUGGUCGUCCCUCUUCGCAGCCAUACAGCUUCCCAGCAUGGCCUUCUCUCUGGUUCCUGGUCUGGUUUUUCCUCCUAAAUCACUUGGAUUGGUGGUGGCUAGCACUCAAAGCACCUGAGGUCCCCCCACCCCCCUGCUCCCAUUAAGCAUGAAAAGCUCAAACUGAGAUAAGAGAAAUUUGGUUUUUCCUCCUUUUCCUACAAGAACAGAAAUUCAGAGGGUUCUUCUCGUCUGUUGAGACAGUCUGGUCCCCCCCACUCCCCCCAAACAGUGUUAUAUUUUGUUUUCAGAGGCGUUUGUGGCGGGUGUGGGCCUCCGACAUGUGCGAGGGCAGUUUGCAGUGAGGUGUGUGCUCUCUUUAAUUUCUUUUUCUCUGUGAGGGGCUCUUUGGGGGUGGGGGGGUUCAGUUAAACUUUCUGUUCACUCGAGGCCUUUGUCACCUGACUGGAGAAGGCAGAAAUAAAACAAUAAUACAAAUGGAAAAAAACUGCAAA